GAUUUCUUAAUUCGUGGUCUGCUACUGGAAUCACCUGUCAGACGAAGCUGCGUGCGAAUCGGCACGAAUCGAUCCGGCAAAGUGAAAGAACGGUUAGCAAGCGGGUGUGAUUGAUACAACGCGCUGAGAAAAUCGUUAACAUACGCGAUAUGACCACGGUUGUUCUUCUCUAGACCACUGUUGUCGUUCUUCUCGCAUUCGCACGCGGCAACGCUAUCUCUUUUGCGAACACAGUAGCGUGCAACGAGUCGUCAAAAAUGCAAAGUGUCAUAAACUCGGUGAAAGGUACCGCGUUGGGAGUCGCUGAGUACUUGACACCGGUGUUAAAGGAGAGCAAAUUCAGGGAGACAGGUGUGUUGACACCAGAGGAGUUUGUAGCAGCUGGAGAUCACUUAGUACAUCAUUGUCCUACAUGGCAGUGGGCUACUGGUGAUGAGGACAGGACAAAGUCUUACUUACCAAAGGACAAGCAAUUUUUGUUAACUCGUAAUGUCCCCUGCUCACGUCGAUGUAAGCAGAUAGAGUAUAGCAAUGAACAAGAAUGUAUCAUAGAAGCAGAUGAUACUGAAGGUGGUUGGGUAGAUACUCAUCACUAUGACAUUAGUCUUGCCGGCCUAGAUGAGAGAGUGACAGAAAUGACAUUGGAGGAGACCCAGCCGUCUCAGACAGACAACGUGGACGACGACGAGGACGACGAAGAUGCUGCUGACAUGGAGGCUUUCGAAGUUAGCGGAAUGUUGGAUGAGCAGGAUAAGCACGCUGCACCGGAGAACACAAAGAAAGCUGGUCAGGAGAAACGGGAUUCGUUCUCGGAGGGUGAGAUUAUCCGCACCCGCACCUACGACUUAUAUAUCACAUAUGAUAAAUAUUACCAAACUCCUAGGCUGUGGUUGUUUGGAUACAAUGAGAAUCGGAAGCCGCUCAGUGUAGAGGAGAUGUACGAGGACGUUAGUCAGGAUCAUGCCAAGAAGACAGUCACGAUGGAGAUUCACCCGCAUAUACCCGGCCCUCCUAUGGCUUCUGUACACCCCUGCAGGCACGCGGAAGUGAUGAAGAAGAUCAUCGAGACGGUAAUGGAGGGCGGCGGAGAAUUAGGAGUGCAUAUGUAUCUAAUAAUAUUCCUGAAGUUCGUGCAGUCCGUCAUACCAACGAUCGAGUACGACUACACGCAGAAUUUCAUGUUAAACGCGUCCGGUUAAAUGUAUAUCACACACUAGUGCGUUGUGAUUGAUAUAAAUCGCUUACAAAAUACAUUUAUAGCGGAUGCGCGCGAGAUAUUUAUGUAUCGAUGUUUUACUACGCUUCUUGUCGUCGAGCAUUGAGGAUAUUCGAGAUCGCAAGGAUACGAAAUCCAAGACUGUGCUAUUACAACGUGUGUCUUGAGCUUAAGAAGUGUCCCAACGAUAUGUGAUGGUCAUUCCCACAAUUGCGAGACUUCAAAGAUAUUAAGUAAAUCGUACGGAUCUCGGCGUUGAGCACUUCAAGAUCCGUUUGUUAUACUCAUCUCGAUUGAGUUCGACGUAGACGUGCACCGGCACCAGAUGUUUUUACAUUCGCGGAACACAGCUGAGCACAUAUUAUUUGACGUGACAACCGUUAGACAAUAAUGAAAGAAUGAAGGCUACAUUAAAAGCAACGAAGAAUCCAUCAACAGAAAGAGAAAGAGAGACGAAGAACUAUAUGAAAGUGAUUUCUUUUAUAUAUUAAUAAUUACUCAAACACAUUCACUUGCUCUAGUGUGUCAUUUACUAAGAAAAUAAAUAAAAUAAAAAAGAAAAGAAGAUAAAGGAAAAAGAUGGAAAAGCUUGAAUAUUUAUCGGAAUCGAUAAAAUAUCGCUACGAAAAUAAAUUGGCUAUUACGAACAUUA